UUUAUUGGUCAUUGGGUAAUUUGACAUUUGAUUUUAUCUACAGAGAAGGAGCACCAAGAUGUUUCUCCCCCCACUAUUGCAAGAAUUCCAAAAUCUUAUGUCCCAAGUGUAGUGAUGCCAUCAAUAUCUGUAGCUGAAGGAGAAAUGAAGGACAGUAAAAUGGAAGAGCUGAGUAAACAAAAUAUUAGAGCCAGCUCAAUCCCAAGGCCGCGUGCUGUCUUAUCAAGUCCUGAAAAUGAUACGGUGAUCGGAAAUAAAAACAGGAUCAAAGCAGAACGACCAUCAGCAUUGAAGAAUCAUAACUUGGUUAAGAAACCUACACAAUGUGUUCCAUGCCAUAUUACUGAAAAUUCUACAAAAACCAAAAAGUCCAAGGAUGAGAACUCUCUUAAAGAAAGGAAAGGGUCAGAGAUAACACUUCCAAGCCAGAGACGACCCCCUAGAAAUGGAAAACCAAGCUCUACGGGAAAUCGAGUGUCUUUUAGUUGCCAUUAG